UGGAGGGCAGAGAGGAGCAAACCUGCUCAGCGAUCUCCCGCCGCUUGGUAUCCUGCCGUGAUGUGGAAAUCCGCGGUGCUCGCUACCUGCCUCCUGGUGUCCCUGGUGCUACCGGCGGAGGGGAACCCAACGUUCGGCGUCAAGCUGUGCGGCCGCGAGUUCAUCCGCGCCGUCAUCUUCACCUGCGGCGGCUCGCGCUGGCGGCGAGCCGGCGGUGCAGGAGACCUCACCCAAGACGUCUUCUCCGCUCACCAUGACGAGGCCCCUGACAGCUGGGUCCCAGACUCUGUCUUUGGCCUCCCAUACCAGCCACUUGCUGAGGCUGAGCUCCCCGGCUGGGGGAGGGAGGAGACCGAGCGAGUGCCUUUCAGCCGGCCUCCCCGCUCGGGCAUCCCGGGGGAGGUGCUGGAGACGCUGCACACAUCCAGGAAGGGCCGCGAGGUGGUGGCAGGGCUCUCCAACGCCUGCUGUAAGUGGGGCUGCAACAAGAGCGAGAUCAGCUCCCUGUGUUGA